AUGAUUGCAUUUAUAAUUCAACUAUUAACUAUAGGAGGAUGUUAGAAAAGAUCAUCAAAUUUGGAGUGUUUUUAAUCUCCAAACACCAUCAUGUAUGAUAGCCAUCAAAAAUGUUAUGCUUGGAAUCCUCAAUGUAAUAGAUGCAUCAAAAAGUUAGAAUAUUGCUCUCAUUAUACAAGAAUAAGUAGUUGCAAAUCAACCAUUACUGGCGAAGAUCUUAAAUAAUAUUGUUAAAAAUCGGAUUUUGAUAAUAAUUCCAUUCCAGAUUGUUAGAAUAGAAUAUAUGGGGAUUUAUAUCGUAUCAAGAUUGUUCAUAUUUCUUAUCGAUAUGCACAUUAGGAAAUAUUACCAGAUCGUGUGUUGAAAAUAAUUAUUAAACUUGUUCUUCUUUGA